AUGAAGGGUGAUUUUUCUGUCAAUGACUACCUCGAUCAAAUGAAUGCUAGUGCCGACAACCUGCCUCUUGCUGGAAAGCUAGUCAAUGAUGAUGAACUUGUUCAUAUUAUUAUGAACAACCUUUGUCCAACUUAUGAUAUAAUUGUCAGUGCAGUUCAAGCUCAUGAUACACCUAUCACUUAUGAUACUCUUGAAGCUCUUCUCUUGAUGGCUGAACAUCAGAUGGUGGAGCAAGUUGUUCCGAUGCCGAAGAAUGGACCAUCGGCUUUUGUUGCUGCUCGUGGACACGGUGGUUUCCAUCCUCGAAACUUUGGACGCGGUGCUGCUUCACCUACUCAUGAAGGCUUUCCAAACCAGCAAGGAGGUUCUUCUCGUGGUACUUUUUUUCAACUCAACGUACUACCAAUUUUGGGGAGUCUUCAGCAUCGGCUACUCCAGGAAUUGUUUGCUAGAUAUGUGGCAAGUUUGGCCAUCCAGUUGUCGAUUGUUUCUAGCAUAUGA